AUGGCCACUGCUUUCAUGAACACCUACUCUCAGUCACGCUGCAGCCACCGCUCGUCGGGCCUCUUCUUCUCGCUGGCGAAGAACCACCUUCUCCGCCUGGCCGUGGUAGUCCUGAUGACGAUGGUGCUCCUUACCGCCUCAGCCGUCGCUGAGCUAGCGCAGGUGGAUGGAGUUACCUACAUCCAUGGCUGUUCGGAUCUUGUGAACGACAGGACGCCCGUGCACGGCAACGUCUGCAUUGUGGAAGAUCUUAUCUGCAACGUGACCAAGACGAUCGAGUUGACCGAGGGUUGCGAUGAGGUGAUCAUUGUGGCCAAGGACGCCAUCCGCACCAAGGGCUUGCGCUUCGAGGUCCGGCAGGGAGCCACGCUCAGCUUCGGCGGACCGGCGUUCUUCUUCGAGCGCAAGCAGGACAACACUGAUGCCAUCUUUCAGGUGGACGGGUUUCUGGGUUUCGAGGCGGAUGACGCCAUCUACGAAGCCCCCCAGAGUGCCACGCCGGAGGAUCUCCACGGACUGAUCGGCACGAACCCCGGAGCCUCCGUGUCGGCUCUCCUCGACUCGGCUAUCUGGUACACCGAGGAUACCGUGAUCGCUGUCAGCAACAGCAAGACCAAGAACAAGAGCAGGACCAACGACAAAGCGGGCACCGACCGUGCGAACUCCAACACCGGUACCGGCACCUCCAACACCGGUACCGGGAUCACCGGUACCGACAUUACCGACACGACCAACACCGAUAUCGGCAUUACCGACACCUCCAACACGGGCAUCACCGACACCUCCAACACCGGCACGGACAGCGCACGCCCGACCCCCCCCAUCGUCGAUGACCUCCCGGUCUCGAACUCCAACACCGAUAUCGGCAUCACCGACACCUCCAACACCGGUACCGGCAUUACCGACAGCUCCGACACCGACACGGACAGCGCACGCCCAACCCUCCCCGUCGUCGAUGGCCUCCCGAUUUCCACUCUCCACUCGUGCGACGAGCUCCGGUCCGAACGCACGCACGUCCAAGGCAUGUCUGGCGCGCUUCUCCUGGACUUCGACAUCCUGUGCACCGAGACAAGGGUGCUGGAAGUCACCGACAAACUGCUCGUCGUAUCCGACAAGCCCAACCUGCGCCUCAAGGGCGUGCACUUCCGUGUACGGAAGAAGGCCGCCUUGACAUUCAUGGUGCCCACGUUGACGAUGGAAAAACUCGAGGGGGUAUCCGGACCGCUCUUCACCAUCGAACCUCAAGGUUCCGUGGAAAUGAAUGCAGACCAGUGGGUCCCACCGCCCGAGAAUGGAACGGAGGCCAGCGAGAAGGAGGCGUACACCCCCUUCAUCCCCAGGACGAAGGUGUACCCCGACGCCUCGUACAUCAACAGGCUGCCGAUCAGAUCUCUAGGGUCGUGCGACGAGCUCCCCCUGGACCGCAACCGUCUGGACGGCGCCGUGUAUGUGACCGGUCCCAUCGUCUGCGACGAAAAGCGGGUGAUCGAGAUCAGCCAGGAGACGGUGAUAUUCACCCGCUCCCCGGACCUUUACCUGAUGGGAGUCCACUUCCUGGUACGGGAGAAUGCCGGCCUGUGGAUCUCCAUGGGCACCAUGACCGUGGAAGCGCUUGAGGCGAGUACAAUGGAUUUUGACGGAGACUCUGAGGAAUUCUUUACGGUCGAGCCGCAAGGGCACCUGGGGUUGUUCGCCAACGAAGUCGGUCCGGUGUCCGAGAAAGGAACGUCGGAGGACUUAUUCUCCAGACUAGUCGUGAAGUCCGGAGGGGCUUUAGUCAUCGAAGGUCGUAUGAGCUGCGCGACCUCGAUCAUGACCAUCAUCAAGGACUCGGGUGAUACCCCCAUGACGACCAUCAACUCGUGCGACCGAAUCCCCUUUGGCCUCAUCCCCGUGCGGGGCAUCCUCAUCAUCGAGGGCGACAUCGUCUGCGCGGAGAAGCGGACGCUAGUCGUGAGCGAGCUCGCGUUAAUCUUCUCCGAUAUGGACGGCGUGCGUUUCGAGCGCGUCCACUUUAUCGUGGAGCAGAACGCCACGCUGAGCUUUGCCGUGGCCUCGCUGCUCGUGGAGAAGCUUGAGGGAGACUCCGGCGAGAUCUUCACCAUCGAGCCAGGAGGGUUUCUGGGAGGGCAAUUCGAUCAGUUGCGCCCGUUGCCUGAGAACGGCACCAAGAAGGACGAGCACUCGCUGCUGCACGCAAAAGAGGGUGGCGAAUUUUAUUUCGACGCCCUGGUCCGGUACACAUCCUCCUCCAUCACGAUGGUCGCGGUGUCGGUCAUCGAGGAUCCGGCCUGGAUAAGGCUGCAACGCCUCCGCCGGCGGUGGAUUGAACGACACUUCCAGCGUCACCAGCAGCAGUCCCCCUUCUCGCCGGACAGAUCCGCCGAGUACACCUACGAGCAGCGGUUGGGCUUGAAGCCGACCCACCUCAUGGUGGGCGAGGAGCUACGAUUCCCCUCUUCGCUCACCACCCUCGACCGGUCCCACACCAUGACCAUGGGAACCGAUGGCAGCCUGGUGCUGGCGAAGGCAGACCGGUACGUGGUUUUAUUCGACGAGAUGAUAGAGGCCGUCGAGACCAGGGCCUCAGUCGAAGAAACAACCAUGGCUACGCUGGCCGGACUUAGCCCCGACUACGACGGGGGGGACCCGGGCUUGGAGUUGAAGAUCCUGGCCCUUGCCGACUCGGGCCAGGCCACCGACGACAAGGUUCUCCACAUGAUGGCGCGCUCGGAGAGGCUAAGGGUGUGGCAGAAAGAGACGGCCACGGACAUGGAAGUCGACCUGGAGAAAUGUGCGAGGGGCUUCGACGAGCUGCUUCGCGCGAAGAAGAGGGAGAGGGACCUUCAGAUGGAGAAAGAGGAAGAGGAGGAGAAGGAGGCGGAGAAGACAACGAUGCCGCAGCAGCAGGCAGACCCGACGACCGCAGGCCACUCCAGCGACCCGAAGCAGGAACACGCUGGUCAAGACGCCUCCAGCACCAGCACCAGCACCAGCACCAGCGGUCGCGGUAAGACCAAGGCCAAGACCAAGGCCGUCCCCGCCACUGUGACGAGAUAUUGGGGGACGAGGCGCGGAGGUAUUGGGGAGACGACGUGGCUCUGA